GCACGCUGCAGAGGCGGCAAUAAAGUACUUUCCCAUGCCAUGUUUUUGUUGUGCCCAGUCAGUUAACAAAGGGCUGGGCUAAUUUGAAUCACCUGCAACAAACAGUUCUGGGCCCAGGUGAUCACAAUCAGCCCAGCUCUUCGAGAACUGACUGGGUACAUAGAAAACAUGGCAUGGGAAAGUACUUUCUUGCCACCUCCGGCACGCUGGCACCGAGCGAGUCCGAGCGGUGACGGGCUGUGCGGUGCUCACACGGAGCGUCGGGGCGCCCGUGGGUUUUCAUAACCCACCAACCCUACGUAAAUUACGCCUGUGAACUACGCUAAAUGAUCUGACCAACUAACUCUAAUGCUAAAAUGAUGCUAAUGCUAAAAAAAUGCUAACCUGAUAAUCGCUAUGAAAAAGAUAACUUGCUCUGGUCCGACUCCGACUUGUAGGGGAGGCAUCUGCUUAUACAGGGCUGUACUCGAUGACGUACGAUGGAUGCAGGGGCGAGGGCGAUAUGUGCGUUGGAUGCCAUCAUCCAGUCAAUUGCGAAAUUCAAACGCAGUAAACGCUGUUAAACCAUUUGAGGCGGUAGUAAGACGGUUUUUGUCACAAAAAUAGGAUUUUAAACAAGUUUGCACUAAAUUGUAAAAGUAAUGUCAGAAACGAGUAGACAACAAUAUAAGACAUGAAUUUAUUCAGUUUAUCUGCAAAAAAAAGUGAUUUGGGGGUUAGCUGCUCUUUAAGUAAAAACCCCAAGAGAACAAACACUGGAGAGGCGAGAUGAAUGCAAAUCGCACAACGAUGAGUUGUUCAAAGAGUCCGAGGCAGACUACUUGCGGACGAAUGGCCGGUGUUAUGGAUUAACGAGUAAUGGUAAUGAGUGAUGGUGGAAUUCUUCGUAAACACAUGUUGGUAACAGCACAUGUGAAAAUAAGAACCACAAAAGUCUCUAAACUCAUACAUUUAUUGUAACUGUAGAUAACCAAUGUUCACUAGAACGACUCCAACUUUCAGUAGGUAUUUCAACAUCUGUUGGUCACAAGUUAACACGGACACCAGUUAGUUCGAUACAUUGGCAAGCGGAGCUGAGCCCCGGUGCUCACACUGAGAUGUGCCGCUCGGCGGGGCAGGACUCCGGCCAGGGGAGCGCUCGCUCUUUGAGCACGGUAUCAUGGAGCUGUUAGAACAUUUUUUGGGCAGAUAUCCAGCAGAUAAAAACAUAUUGCUCGGUGCUAAGGACUGCUGGCUGCAAAGCUAAACACCUGAAAGUUCUGUGAAAGACUUUUUUGCGCACAUCACAGAACGCUGCAUAAUCCCCUUCACCCAGGGCCCUUGUAAACAAAUAUUCAUUCUCCAUGUAUACAACUGCAUUAAAUACAAUUGUUUUCAAUCAGACUGAAAAAACACCCAAGUAAGCUGGGCCACAGGCUGAUAUUUACACCCUCUCCUGUCGUCCUACCUGAACCCCUGUGGUCAGGCGUACAACAGAGUGUCAAUAACAUAUCUUAGAGGCUGUACUCAGUCAAGAAGAGACACAAAUUUAACAUAUGAAGUGACAAAGAAAAAGAACCCACCCACCCCCCCACCUUUCAGCUACAGUUGGUGUGAGGGCCCCAGGGGAUCGUCGACUGAGGAAGUCUUACAUCACAUGCAUCACACAUACAAAGACGACUACACCAAAAAUUUCCAUCACAGUAUUCACAUGUACAAAACUGUCCCUGAAAUAUUUGAACUGAGGAUGCAACACAUGAAGGAAACCAAUCACUGAAUCUAAGGAUUUGUAACAUUUCCAACUGUUAAAUUGACCUUCGAUUUUCAUGUUUCCACUUACCUUGAGGUAUGCAGCUGUUAUAAAAAGGGGUGGUGGACAUUAAACCAGCGAUCACAUCUGUUAAUUACUAACACUAGAGUACUUGAACUAGUUCUAUUGAUUUUUCACUCAGUAUCAGCUUGAGCACCCAUUAUGUUCUGAAUAUACCUUUCAAUAUGAUUUAUGAUAUGAUAUAUGAUUUUUUAGACUCUCGUCUGUUUGGUUCACAUUGGAGCCUGGGAUGAAGAACCAAGUAUCUGAAGAUUGAAAAGGUCAAGAUGACCACAGAGAAGGCUUUCAAGAAUCAAUAAAAACAGAAAAGGUUGAUUUGAGAGCAAACCCCACAUGAAGGAAAGAAUGAAUUAGGGUCAUGGCUUUGACCAGUUCCCUAUUGGAAAAUGACCAAAGGGGACACUGAGCAUCACUUCAAGCAGAAUGUAGCACACGUCGUAAAAAUGGCUGCAAGUGUUGUUUACUGCAGAUAAAGAGUAAUCUGCUGCCCCUGUAUUUACCCUCAUAGAGGAUACUGCACUGAGCUGUCAAUCUCCAAUUUCAGGCAACACAGUCAUUUAAAAUCGAACAUCUUGUGUGUUUGGAAAACUUGAAAAAUGUCAUUCAUGAUGAACUCUAAGCCAUCACACGUACCUUCCGUGGUGUGCCUGUAGCACCUCCUUUUUAGCAGCACUGGUAUAGGUUUGCACAUGAGCACAUUUUCCUUCUGACCAAUCAAAGACAAGCCUCACCUCUUCACAAAGCUGAGAGGACCGAGGAGUUUCUCAUUUAGCGCAGCACGUCAAACACAAUGACAUCUCCGAAGCUGGUCUUCCAUCUGGCGUGUCUGGUUUUGGUGGAAAUGGCCCAACCGACUGACCUGAUACAACCUUCAGCGCCGCCUCAAGGGACAACUUUCGUAUCAGCUGACGAGGGUGACGAGAUUACUUUGCGUUGCGAUCAUAAGGACAAGGCUACAAGGUAUUACUGGUACAAACAGAGUCACGGACAGAGACCAAGGCUCAUCUCUUCAUUCUACAAGUUUGAACAAAAUGGCACCUUUCACAAUGAAUUCCAGCAUGAGCCACGUUUCACGCUGGAAACGGAAAGCCAGAAAAAUAACUUGAAGAUCACAAACUUGCAGCUUCACGACUCAGCUGUUUACCUUUGUGCAAGCAACUAUGCAUAUUUUUUUGAAUUUGACCGGAGCACCACCGUCAACGUAAAGGGUUUCGGUGUGAAUGUCCAAGCUUUGGUCCAUCAGUCGGGAUCUGGGACCGUCCAACCACAAGGCUCUGCGACUCUCAACUGUACAGUGCAUACAGGCAGCUGUGAUGGAGAACACACCGUUUACUGGUUCAAAAGCUCACAGGCUUCUCAGCCUGGACUUAUUUACACCGGUGGAGGCAGGACCAAACACUGUGAAAGGAGUGAAAACACUCAAACUCAGAUGUGUGUCUACAACUUUCCAUUACAUAACCUGACUCAGGCUCAUGCAGGGACAUACUACUGUGCUGUUGUCUCAUGUGGACACAUUGUGUUUGGAAACGGCACCAGGCUGGAUUUUGAGGAAAAGACAGAUCGCACUGUCUUGAUCGGCUUCUUGAGUGGAUGUUUGACUCUGACCACCAUCUUCAGUGUUUUUUCAACUGCCUUUAUGUACAAGAUGAACAAAAGGAGCAAAAGCCAAAGUCAAGAGUCUGUCCCUGGGUUAUCCAGUCCCCUGAAAGCAGACAUUAAGGGUUACCCAACGGCAGGAAGUCUGUACGUUGCCGCUUUGAGCGUCAACCUGGCCGACUGUUCAAGAAGGAGGGAUCCCACCUGGAGCGCGUGUGUGUACUACAGUGUAAAGCAGUCACACCACUGAAAUCUUCUGAUUUCUUUCUUACUGUUUUAAACAUUGUGCAUCAGAAAACAAAGCAAAACAGUCCCCGGGAACUUUUUUUUUUUUUAAUGCAAAGGCAGCAAGACACAUUUUAAUUAAAAUCAUCACAUAUACAGAAAAUACAAUUAGUGCAGUUGAUUUCAACAGAAAAUAUUUUUGCCAAUAUUGGAUUACAAAUGUAUUUUAAGGUUGUCACUCCUUUGAUAUUCCAGUUGGACUUAGUGACAGAUGCAAAAUUAGGGUAAGAAGUUUAUAGUUUCGAGCAUGACCUUUGACCCUACAGUGGGCGCCGUACUAACAAUAUACAUGCUUUAAGCAUAUAUAUUGUUAAGGCUAGCUGUAAAUAGAAUAGGAUAGAUGCAGUGCAGUAAUUCCACCGAGGGGAUCAAUAAACUGAACCCCCUGUUUUCUCUUUGUGAUGUUGGGGUGGAUGGGGUUGGAGGUGGUGCUUUGUGAUUCAUUAAAAAAAUGUGUUAAUAGUUUGGCAGAGUUAUAUAAUCAACAGAUGUUCAAGUGCUUAAUGGCUGUUAAAAAUAUGUGUUGUCUGGUUAUUUCUUUGUGAUUCUCUAUUUUCGCUGAACUAAUAAUUCAGCAGUGUCUACUCAGAACAGAGGAUCAUAUUCUCUGUCAUGAAGCUUGCAGAUUAAAACUGCAAUUUUCUAUUUUGCAUCUUUCCUUCAUGCAAAUCUAUGUACAUGACUUUCACCAUUAAAAUACAA